AUGCCGCUUGUUUUUCCUUCUCCUAUUUCUCAAAGCUCUACCAGCAACCUUCCCACGGUUUCCAGUCAGAGUAUCCCUACGUCAGCCCGGCGCACUACGACCAUAUUUACCACUGAAACCACGAUCUGUCCUCUGAAGGCUACCAAAACGGCUUCCACUCUACGACCGGUAGAUGUUACCUUCCCUGCCGCGCCAAAGAUGACGACUUCAACUGUCUUCACCACAAAGGUGUACACUAUUACCGCCUGCCCUCCAUGGGUCUCAAACUGUCCUGCCUCCGACAAGACAACCAGCUACACAACAGAGAUUAUUCCCCUCUAUACUACUAACUGCCCUGUUACCUCAGAAACAACUGAUGCAUAUGCCAUCCCAGCACAAACAUCCAGCAGCGGGGGAGUGAGUACUAAACAGCCUCAGGCCCUCGCUACAUCCACUGUUUUCACUACCAAGGUGCAUACCAUGACUGGGUGUCCACAACAAAGUCCGCACUGCGCAGCAUCUGAGAAGACCACCUACUACACGACAGAAACAAUUGCUGCAUACACAACUAUUUUCCCAGUUGCUGCAGAGGAAACGGGCAUACAUGCCUCCGGCCAAGCGACAGCUAUCGGGGAAGGAUCUAUUGGACAGAGCAUUGAAAGACUCAGUACAUCAACGGUCUACACAGCCCGUGUCUACCCGAUCACAGCUUGUCCAUCGUCUUCCGCUACCUGUGCUGAUGCAGAGCGAACGACGUAUCUCGCGACAGAAACCGCAGUAGCAUCAGUUACUCUCAUCACAUCAGCAGCUGUUGAAACUGCUGCAGACAAUUCAGGUGCUCAAGUUACUCCUUCCGGAGGUAAAUCCUCAGCGUCGAUCAUUACAGCCGUUCUCUACACAACAGAGGUAUACGCGAUCACAAAGGGAACGAAAACCUACGUUACCACCUCCACCAUUCCGAUAACCACAACCAUGACCCCCACUGUCAGCGACAUACCGCCAUUCCUACCUACCAGCAAAGUAGGCUCGGCAUUACUCGGGUCACACAGUCCCCAGCAAGGGGUAACGGGUGCAUCUACCAUCAGACCCAGUGCCGAGUCUCAAGGAUCAUCCGGAGAGGGAUCGUCCUUACUAUCAUCUAGCAACAGUGACUCCUCUCACCCUGACAUAGCCGGUAGUCCUGGACCAUCCUCUCAUGUCUCCCCCUCGACUGUUUCCAAUGUCGGAUCGUUUGUCAACAGCAGUUUUAUUUUCAGCUCUUGGAGCAAUGGAUCCCAUUCUUUGGGUGCCCCGUCUCCUAGUCCCGGGAUCAAUCGCCCUACCCUUGGAAAUGUUGCUGGAAGUCACACUUCGUCUGUCCAUGCCUCUGGUACAUCUACUGUUACAUCGGCGCAAUACACUGGUUCUGCUUCUAAGAGUACAGUAUGGACUUGGUUCCCUUUUGUGGGUAUGGUUAUAGGCUAUCUUUUGUGA